AUGAAACAACAACCGAUGAUAAAACUGUCCCAAACAGCAAUAUUUAGGUAUAACAAUGAAGGAUUACCAGAAAUAUUACUAGCUCAACGAAUAAAUCCAAACAAAAUAUAUUACUCCUGGUAUGGAAUACCUGGAGGCAAACAAGAAUAUACUCAUGAAACAUUCGAACGAAUAGCAGAAAGAGAAACCCUAGAAGAAACUGGAAUACUUAUAUACCAAGAAAAACUCAUAGAAAUAGGACAUAGUUAUUAUCCACCAAAAGAUACUAACGGAUAUAACACCACAAAAGAAGAAGAAGUCGACUCAAAAAAUAAAGAACAAUUUGAAAAAUUAGACCUACCUAACUUUACCUUAGAUGAAGCAACAGAUUUCAUAAAUAAAUCAUUUGAAAAUAUUCAACCAAUUGAAGUAUACCAA